UGUCCCUCUGACUUCACUGGGAUGAGUAAAAGCCAUUUACAGCCUCCAUUAAAUGUUGCUAGUAACUGUGCUUACUCAUAAGUAGUAGCCUUCUCUCCUCCCCUUUUUGCCUAGUCACUUUUGUUUCAACAUGGGUGUGACUUCUCAUCUUGCUCCCCUCCCUCUUAAGUCACUCCUUCAGUUACUUUGAAUUGGAAUAAGAACUGCAGCAAACUUCAGAGGCUGGCUCUCUGAGCAGACUUGACAAGACCUGGGACCUCCCCCACCCCUCGUCUCUCCUUUGUAUAGGCUGUGAGGAGAACUUCUUGCCUUUUGCACAUUAACCGAGGAGCAAACAAUGGCCAAGUUCUGGUUGUGUGCAGCUGUUGGACUUUACUUGUUGCAGCUUUGCUCAGCACAGAUAGGUUUGAAUAUAAGUUGCAGAUAUGCAGGGGUUUUCCAUGUUGAGAAAAAUCAUCGCUACAGCCUCACAAGAGAAGAUGCCAUUGCACUUUGCAAAGCCCUCAACAGUACCAUCCCAACAUUUGAACAGAUGAAGAAGGCAUAUGACCUCGGGUUUGAAACCUGCAGAUAUGGUUAUAUAGAAGACAAAGUUGUAGUUCCACGGCAUACUCCUUAUCAUCUUUGUGCAGCUAAUAAUACUGGGAUUUAUAUACUUUCUUCUAAUGUAUCUGAUCGAUAUGAUACAUAUUGCUUCAAUUCAUCAGAAACAAGAGAUAAAGUCUGUGACCCAGUGAUAAAGUUAUAUUCUGCUUGGCCAAAUAACGGAAGUACAAUAGAAAUUUUCAAUGCAGAUGGAUCCCGCUAUAUUGAGGGACAGAAGUUCACAGAACGGCCACCAAUUACUGACGAUGAAAUUACUGCAGGCAGUGGUUCUGCAAAUGACAGACCAACAACAGAUCCCAAUUUCAUCAGACAUGGUAUCUCCCAUUAUGCAGAUCGUGUUACUCCGCCAUAUCAUGUUGGUGCCAGUGAUGAAGUAGAAGACCAUUCGAAGGAUCAGCACACACAACAUCCUACUGAUGAAGUGUCCAACAACAGAAAGCAUCAUGAAAACUCUACUGAAGGGCAGCAUAUUCCUCAGGAGUUCCCUCUGUGGUGGCCACCAGAAGAAAAUGAAAGAAGGCAGUCCACAAUCUCUGGCAAGGAUGAGAGUUCUGAAGAAAACGAUGAUGAUGGUGGAGGUGACGAUGAUGAUGAUAGUGAAGAAGGGUCUGGACAUAUAAAUCCUGAAACAGUUAUUGAGUGGGACAACAGUGGUGAUCAGGAACUACAGCCAUCAAAUAACACUGUGAUCUCAAGCAAGGAUGUCAAAUAUGAAGAUACAACCCAUGAACCAUUGCUACAUGGUGUAUACUCUGGAAAGAGAAAUGAUGUCAAAUAUUCAACAAAUGGCACACAGACGGCCGUGCCACAUGGACAUCCACAUCUGGCCGAGCAUGAACAUUACUCCACAACUACUGCUGUGUCUCCCAGCAAUGAUUUCUUCAAGCAGGAAGAGUCAAAUGGGCUUUCACAAGAUGGCAAUCAUUCUGGAUUGGAAACCAAAGAUACAGUACUUACAACAACUAACUCUUCACAUCGAUUGCAUCCUGGACUUGUUCCAUCAAAGGAAAGAGAGAGUACCCUGGAAAAUGAAUCUUUUCAUCAUACAGUUAUAUUCUUCAAUGAAAGUGCUCAACAUGGAGAAUCACAUCAAGAUCACUUGCAACCUGUGGAUACACCUGGACAGAGAAAUGAAAGUAGUUCUGCCACAAACAGUACGAUCAGUAGUGUCCUAGAGAUAUUUCUCCCUCCAGAUGAGAGUGAAGAUGAAAAUGCAUCUUCUCAGACAGAUGUGGUGUCUAACAAUGGAAUAAAACAUGAAGAAUCUACUGAAAAUCCACUUUCUCAUUCUGAAUGGACCACUGAAGAAAUAUACUCUACAGACACAUCAAUCAAAGCUGUGCUGCCUGAAAUUUUGCAUCAUCCAAGUGAAAAUGAGCAUAAAAAUGAAUCAGUUUAUACAGUUGUGGAUGCCACUGGUGAUACUAAUCACGAAGAUUCUUCAAACAAUACACUGAUCCAUGGAAUCCAUUCCAGCUGGAGCCAGGAAGACAGUUUUCCUGAAAAUACAUCUAGAGAUAAUGUUCUCUCUGACAUCAUUUCUCCAAAUGAAAGCAAGGCUGAAGGAGAUUCAGAAACAUCUCAUACAGCAAUAGUUCCCAGUGAUAGUGCUCCCCAUGAAGACUCUGCCCAUGAAACAAUUUUGCACAAAGGACACUCUGAAUGGGAAAGUGAAGAAAAAUAUCUCACCAACACAUCUGGAAUUCAUUUGGGGCCUGCUAUUGUUCAUCCAACAGAGAGUGAACAUGGAAAUGAGCCAUCACUUACAGCUGUUGCCUCCAGUGAUAAUGGCAAGCAUGAAGACUCUACAGAAGACCCCCUACUUCAUGGCAUGCAUCCUGAAUGGGAGAGUAAAAGUGACCUUCCUAUGAACACAACAAGGGACCAUGUUCCACCUGAAAUUAUUCCUUCAAAUGAAAUGAUGCAUGGAAAUGAAAAUGAAAUAUCUCAUACAGGUGGUGAAGAAUAUGAAGAUUCUAUGCAAGAUUCACCGACUGACAAAACACUUACUGGCUGGACCAGUGAGCCCAGGCAUCCAGCAAAUCAGUCAAAAGAUUAUUGGGUGCCUGGAAUUAUUCUCCCAACUGAAAAUGUGCAUGGCGAGGAAACUCCACAUAAAGACUCAGCUCAACCUCCUAUUCAUCAGCCAGGCUCGGAGACUGAAGAAGUAUAUUCCACUAGUAUUUCUAGCACCGGGGUACUGGUGGGAAUUUAUAGUGAAAGUGAAAACCAUCCAUUAUCUACAGAUGUGGUCUAUGAUGGGACCAAAGAAGAUACAACCCUAGAACCUGUGAGGCAAUGGGUUAGUGAAGACAAAUACACUACAAAAUCUCCAGCAGAUGUCAUAAUUCCAGGAAUUGUUCCUCGGAGAGGGAUAAAUCAAAAAAAUAAAACUGAACAUACAGCUGUGGCUGCCACUGAUGGGUCCAAAAAGGAAGAACCAACACAAAUGCCGUCAUUGCAUGAAAUGAAUCCUGGACAGAGCAAUGGAGAUGAACAUCUUCUAAAUAACACUCAGGAUUAUAUGAUACCUGGAGUUUUUUCUGCAGUUGACAAUGGUUCUGACAGACAACCAUCAAAUUCAGACAGUUCCAGCCCAGGUGGACAUGGAAGGGGAGUGUCCCAUUCAGGAGAUGUCACACCUCAACCGGGAGGGUCACCCAAUAGCCAGAAACGAAGGGCUGUCAUACCAGAUUGGCUUAUUGUAGUUGCUUCGCUCUUGGCGCUGGCACUGAUACUUGGUGUUUGCAUUGCUGUGAACAGUCGAAGGAGAUGUGGGCAGAAGAAGAAGCUUAUGAUCAACAAUGGCAAAGGAGGCAUCAGUGAGAAAAACACAGGGGGAUUGAAUGGAGAAGCCAGUAAAUCUCAGGAAAUGGUGAAUUUGGUGCAGAAAGAGAAGCUGGAUGAUCAAACAGGCCCACGGGAUGAGUUCCUGGCAAUUGAUGAGACACAGAACCAACAAGAGGUGGCCUUGAAAAGUGGGGUGUAAGCAAGCUAUGCCCACCCAACUGAGUCAGAGUUGGGAAAACAAAAGAAAAGAAGUUGCAUGGAACUGGGACUAGAACUCACAAAUGCAAUGAGCUACUGAUGUCUUUGAAGCAUAAUUAAGCAUACUUUUUUUCUUUUUCUGAUUUUUAAUGGUCAGGCUGUUUUUUGUUGUGUGCCUUUGAGUUAGGUACAAGAUCUGAAAUCCCACCUUCUCCCUCUGCCCCAUGUUGCAUAAUUUUUCCCAGUCCAGAUUGUGUUACCAACAUCAACUGUUUCCUAGUUUCAGUAUUUUAUCUCAUCAGGCCAACGGUGAUGUUUCCCUGAUCCUGUUUUGCACCACUUUCCCUUGUUCUCUCUUUAUGCAGCCACCAAAAUCUAUAGUCCUUAAGGCAUCGAGGCACCAAGUAUGAGCCAACAAAUUCGGAAAGGCAAGCUGCCAACAAAGCCAACAUUUUAUCAGAAUAAAGACAACAGGAUUGCUUUCUUGUUGUCACUUAGGAGUUUGCUGUACUUUUCACUCAUUUUUUUAAAACAUUGCAAUUAUGAUCUGCAGUGAUUGAGGAAAGAAAGACUUCUGUCCAAACAUUCCACAAUGUUCAGUAACAUUUUAAAAACAAGAAAUAGUAAGGAUGGAAAGACAAGAAAUAAUUAAAUUGAUUUUAUAGCAAAUAAAAUUUUAUUCUCGACAAUCUGAACUACCUGUGAUGUUUAUGUUUCAAAGUUAAUUGCUUCCAGUACUUGCUAUAGAGGUGAAGUAUUCCUUAUAACAUUAAAUUCAUAAAUAUUGAUGCACGGUAAUCCUGAAACCAAGAUUAUGUGUAGCAGUGAUUUCUCAUAUAGAGUUUUGUACAUGGAAUAGAAGACAUAGCUGCCUAUAAUCAUUCGAUACCAAGCACGCAGAGCAGAGCACAAGCAAGAUUUCCAUUGUAGCCAGCAAUAUAAUCCUCUUGUGCUUUAAGUGGGUCUUAAGUGCCCAUAUAACUCAGUGUUGGGGUCAUUUCAGAGGUCAGAAUACUUUCAUUUGGGCAGCUUUGGGGCAAUUUUCUGGCAAAAGAUGCCUGGGAUUCAGGGGUCACUCUUAGCGGUCUAAAGAACUGAAGGCGAUGUGUGGGCUGCACUCUACCCAUCUCAGCCAUGCCUGAAAGCGCAGCAAUAACAUCCUCUGGAACCUGUGGUGGACCACUGGCAGAAUGUUUGUCUCUGUCAGAAACAUGACAGGAUGUUUGUCUUCUGCUACCACCUUUUACCCACCAGAUUAUACAUGGUACAUGUAUUUGAGGCCUUUAGUAGCUUAAAAGAUGGGUAGAAAAAGAGACAUGCCCACCUCUGUGUAUAUUGACAUUAUGGUGGGUCAUCUAUUGUCCUGGAAAUAUGGAAGUUAGGGAGACCCAACAGUGUUUGUUCACCUGUGAGUUGGACAUCAUUAGGAGAAUGAUGCCCUGAAGCACAUGGCCACUAGGAGGCAAGGGAGAAUUAUUCCUUUUAUGCCAGCAGGUGCUGAAUGUCACCCAUUACCUUUUCCUGAAUUAAGCUGCUUGUCCCAGAGGAAAAAGAUCCCCAUCCAGACUUGCUUCUAGGGACUGUCCACAUCAGAUCUUCCAGCAGGGCCUGGCACACCUGUAAGCCAGGCUCAUACCCAAUGUGUAUGUAUAAAUCAGAUUGUGAAUGUACAGUUGGGCUACCAUUUCUCAGAGCCUGGCCUUGAGUCUUCAGUUUUGAAGAUCAAGUCCAGAUAGUAGACAAGCAUUCAAUGCUCCAGUUUUUGUAGGCAGGAUGAAAGAGCUGUGUAAAACCUAACCUCUACUAGGAGGCAGCAGUUUUCUGCAAUUUGCAUGGCUUUAUUCAUAUGUGUCACGCUAACACCCCUGUGUUGUUUGUUUUGCUGUCUGUGCCCAUGUUCAGGAGAUUUUACCUCACUUCCUGUCCUUGUGAUCAUUGGAAUUUUUAAAAAAUGGCUUGUUGUGGAAACAAGGAUUGGAGAUAAGGUUUCAGUGGAGACACCUUUUCCCCAUGGUAACUCUUUCAGGAGUGAAUUCCCCUUCCUAGGAGUAGAUUUCUCUCACUUCCUGUUCUCUCACCCCUGUUCUUAGCUAUGAGUCAUUUGUAAAUUGGAUGUUUGUAACUCAAGUACUGCCUGUAAAUCAAUUUAAGCCAAUAAUUCAAACAACAAAGUGACAUCAUGGUUCACAUCAGUUAGUAAAACAGCUUAUAAUUUUCCUAAAUGUAGUCUGAAGUGGUUUAACACAGGAAGUGAAAUAUAUUUGAAAUGCUCUUGUGAUUGUAACCCAGUGGGGAGUUUUGCUAUUCUAGUUCCUGUAAAAUGAACAGAAGCUACACUAUGAAAUAAUAUUGUACUCUUUUGUAUGGUUGAAUUCUCAAAGGGCUGUUGCUGGCAUCCUUCUCCUCCCAGAGCAGUGGAACAGAGCAGAUUCAGGGCACCUUCUGAGAUGUAAAGCAAUUCCUGCUUCACUCUGUAAUAUGAAUAUAGAGACACUAUUAGGCUAAAUGCCCCAUUGUUUAAAGAACCAUUCCUCUUAAUUGUCUUUAUAAAUAAUAUCACUCAGACUGUUGCAUAAUUUUUUUUGGGAAGCCUAAGCAAAAUGUAGCAAUUUUAAGGAUUCAGUGUAUUAGCAUUACAACAUACUCUUUUUUUAAAAGAUCAAUUCCUAUUACAUAAAGUAUAUGCCCUUAACUAUGGGCCAGAAGAUUUAAACUGUUACUUCUGAUAUAUUUUCUAGUUUGUGUGAAGGGUCACUUAGGCUGGAUCUAUGCUGCCAAAUAAUACCAGUUUCAGAGUGCAGUGUAUAUGGCAGUGUAGACUCAUAUAAUUCAGUUCAAUGCAGUCAAUUGCAUUCUGAAACUGUAUUAUAUGGCAGUGUGGAUGCGGCCUAAAAUGCAAAAUGCACCAGUAUCAACAAAAUGAAUUUAAAUAGCAGUAGAAGAUAAAUUGAAGCGUUCAAGUCUUCAUUCAUAACAAAGCAAACAUUGACUGGCGUCCAGUUAGGAACAUAUGCAUAGUAUGCCACACUACACUGGUCAUCAUUGUGGAACAGAUUUAUUCUACCAAUAGUGGUGGAUGCAGAGACAACAUGUUCUUUUGUUCUUUGUAUACAAAUUAUGAUUGUACUUUGUGUACAGUGUGGUGUGGUUCAGUUGCAUUGUGCAUUUCAGCUGCACUCAUACACUGCAUAUGCUGAUUACAUAUUGUGCAUUCUGGUUGCUCAUUAGAUGUGUACUAUGCAUUGUGAAAUAGUACCUGGUCACUGAAUUGUGUUACAUAAUGUUGCUAUCCUGUAUGAAGGUUGUGUAGUGCACUGCUCAAAUCAUGUUUUCGCAGAUAUUUAUGCUACACUGUGUGGAAAUGGAAUUGAAGCCUCAGUUUGUUGCUUACCUCUUUUUUAUUGUGUCAGAGGCAAAUUGAGAAUGCAGUUAUAAUGUAUAAAAAAAACACAAAGUUAAAAA